UCUGCUUGGCCAUGUUCUACAUAAACUAUUUCAACAUAAGCCAUCAGAGUCUCCUGAGUCUCCUGUGUCCAGUGUCCAGUUUGUUGCUGAAUUCCAUCACAAAUUGGCGUCACGAACAGGAUCUUAACGACAUGGAUUGCCAGGACAAAAUGAAACUUGUAGCCGUGUUCCUCCUCAUUGCCGCCACCUCUGUGUUGGCUAAAAAUGAGAGACCCAUCAUCAAGACCUUGGUUUUCCCAGCUCCGUCAGUCGACAGCUAUGUUGAGAUGAAAGCCGAGAAACCCCUGAACAUGAAGGCUUUCACUCUGUGCAUGCGGGUUGCCACAGAGCUUACGGGUAGCCGUGCGGUCAUCCUGUUUGCGUAUCGGAUCAAAGAACACGAUGAGCUGAAUGUGUGGCGUGAGGGAGACGGCAGGUUGUCCCUCUACAUGCAGUCCAGUAAUGAUCGUGUCAGCUUCAAAGUCCCAGAGCUCGGAGCCCUGUCGACCCACCUUUGCUUCACUUGGGACUCCUUGACAGGUGCGACUACUCUCUUCAUGAACGGGUAUAGCAGCGUGACCAAAAUCUACAAGAAGGGUUACACUGUGCAAGCCGGGGGAAAGGUUAUCCUCGGACAAGAUCCAGAUACCUAUUUGGGUAAUUUUGACAUCAAUCAGAGCUUUGUUGGGGAGAUUUCUGAUGUGGACUUGUGGGACUCGGUCCUCUCAUACAGCUCCAUCCGUGAUCUGGUCCACUGGGAGAGAACAAGCACUUCCCCAUGGGCGAAUGUUCUCAACUGGGAAACCGCAAAGCUCACAUAUCAUGGGAAGGUUAAUACUCUCUAUCAUAGGGUGUAGUCAAGAUGCUAAAGACACGACAUACUGGAAUCAUGUAGGCAAUGUCGUAAUGUCAAGAAUACAAUGCUCUGCAAUUAAUAAAUACCAAAAAGAAAACUAAAGUACACCUGUUUAACGUUCACAUGUAUCCACGUGAUGUUUGACUGGCUGACAAUGUAUUUCUUCUCACUUCAAUAAACGCUUCUGCAAGCAAA